UGGCGACUGGACGCUGAGUUUAGGAAAUUCACGAAACACGGUUAUUCUUCGACCAAAAAGUGCCCAAAUAGCGAUAUUUGUUCACUUAAUAGUGGAUUAAAACGUAGUGACUGGUUUCCAUUGUAUUUUUUGACGUUAGACUUAAAAAGCGCGGUAAAAUAAACGGCUUAAUGGCUUCAACUUCCGAGUAAAUAAAAAAAUACAUAAAUAAAUUAAAAUGGCGACCGCACCUAAAGCAGUAAGAUACAGGGCACUGCGGACGUUCAAAAGAGCUCACAAAUCACCUUUAAUCUUUCUGGAAAGGCUGCCAUUGGAGAUCCUGUUGAAGAUUCUGUCCUACCUGGAUGUCUCUGCUCUUUACACACUCAGCCAUGUCAACAAGGUCUUCUAUCAGCUCGCCAAUGAUAAUGUUCUGUGGGAAAAGAUCCACAAAGCAGAGCAUCGCAGGAAGAGAAAUCUGAAAUGUGACUGCACGUACGAGCUGCUGCAGAGGAUGUCCAGGAUGGAGUUAGAGGAUCCUCCUGAGAACUUCUGGAAGCACCAGCACUUCAACUCUUUAAUCAAAUAUGACACGAAGACGUUGAAAAGUAAUCUUGGAAUCCUCAACCGUCACACUGGACUGCCCAGCCGAACACAACAGGUCCUCAGGAACUUGCGCGUCACGUGGGAGCUGACAGUCUCUGAUAAGUCGGGGCAUAAGAGCACUUUUGAGCCGAGCUGGUGCCGGUUCUGUGAGACUUCUGUGUCUCUGAGCUGGAGCGGAGGAGGCCAGCUGUCCGACUACAAGAAGAUCUCCAGCCUCCAUCUGCACGGUGUCAGGAGGAUAGCCCUCAACUUGCCCGGUCUGAAGACUCCUGGCCGCAGGUUCCUCAUGCUAAAGUUAGACAUGCAGGCUGUAGCUGAACGCAUGCAGAUCAUCGGUCGGGACAAACUGGUUGAACUGAAGCUGCUUCAGCCUGGCAUUAUCAUCGGCGUCUGGAGGGAAAUUAAUUCAAAGGACCAGAGCUCCGUGGCCUUUGUCAUGUUCACCCUCCACUUCCACAGGCUGGUGGAGAGAAGCACCAAUGAGAACCCUCUUUGCCCGAUCUUAAAACCCAUUUGUAACGACGUUGACUCUGAACACGGCCUCUAUGGUUACCAGCUUCACGUGGCUCUCAACGACACUACGUGCGACAUCAUGUCCGAAAACUUCUCCCAGCUCUUCUGCCGGAAAGCUGACAUCAGUGACGGUUUGAUGCGUCUGAGCGCCAUCAGCAGGUCAAACCCAUCGCAGCACACGCGUCUGUCCGGCAGCGUCAGUCUUCCCUGGAGCUGUGAGUCUCUGCAGGGCAACGUGCAGAAUUGCUGCGUCUUGAGUUUGUCUUGACCGACCCUGAAACAGAGAUGCCGCUUUUAGUCAAAGUCAACUUGAUUGUCAAUCUUUCCGUUUGUGUGAACAGACAGAGAGAUCGAAAUACCGUUUCCCACAAUCCAGAAUACAAAAAUACAAAUAUGUAUAAAAAUAUGUAUAUACCUAAAAUCACACAUUUAGACAUGAAGCACAUCAAUCAAUAUAUACAAAAUAACAGUCACUGUAACUACUCUGGUCUUGAAAGAACAUUACACAUCGAACUGAUGUCCACAAUCACGUUUAUUUAUCUCUUUGAACAGUCUGAAUGAAACACCGUGGAAACGUGUUCGCCGAGUAGACCAGCAGUAGAAAGGCACGUUAUUACUCAAACACAAUGUCAACAUCCGGGGCUAGAGGUCACAUGACUUCCGGAAAGAUAACUCUUAUCAUUUUUAACCCUUAGAUGCAUAAGUGGGUCUUUGUAAAAAAAAUUAUCAUUUCAUAUUCCAGCUAUUCCUCAAAAAACAUGUUUUGGAUAUCAAGCCGUUCACAUUUUAAAUUUAC